UCUCCUUCUCCUUCUCCAAAAUCACAACUCUGUUCCAAGUCUUAUCCUUUCAUCAUCACUUACCUUCUUCACACAGAGAGCUUCAUCGAAUCGAAUUCAUCCAUGUAAUGUGAGAUGUCUCUUGAACAAUGCAACAAGAAGCUCUCUCUUUCCUCUCUUCUUCCUCCUCUUCCUCUUUCCCUUCCCUUCACCACAAUUUUCCCACACUUUCUCGCCUCCGCUUCCACAAUUUUCCCGCACUUUCCUUCAAACCAAACACUUCUUCUUCAUCACUCUUCAAAUCCCCAAAUAUCCCCUCUCUCUCCUCCACCACAGCAACCACCGAAACCCUAGAAUCCUCAAUCCACGAGAAACUCAUUUACCUCGAUUCACUCGGAAUCGAUUUCUUAACCCUAAUCAACCGUCAUCCUCCUCUCCUCUCCACCGCUCUCUCCGCCGUUGAAUCCGUCGUCGAUUACAUGACCACUCCACCAAUCAACUUCACCUUACAAGAUUUUCGCCGCCUCGUCUCCAUGUGUCCCGAGCUUCUCACUUCACCGUUAACCUCACACACAAUCCCAGUCAUCACUUUCCUCCUCCGUGAAGUCGGCGUUGACUCUAUCUUUGACCUCCGUCAAGCUUUACGUCGUCGUCCUCGUCUUCUCGCUUGUAGCGUCGAUCACCAGCUUCGACCAACGCUUUACUUUCUCCAGAGAAUCGGAAUCUUAGAUCCGCAUAAACAUACGUAUCUUCUCUCUUGUAGCGUUGAACAUAAACUCGUACCACGGAUUGAUUUCUUUGAGAAGUUAGGAUUCUCGCGGCGGAGCGCGACCGCGAUGUUUAAGAGAUUCCCGCAGCUGUUUAAUUACAGUAUUGCUGAGAAUUAUGAGCCGAAGUUGAAGUAUUUGAUGGUGGAGAUGGAGAGAGAUGUUAGAGAGGUUCUUGAGUUUCCUCAGUAUUUUUCGUUUAGUUUGGAGAAUCGGAUUAAACCGAGACAUGAAGCUUGUGCGGCGAAAGGUGUGAGGUUUCCAUUGCCGGUGAUGUUGAAGACGAAUGAAGCUGGUUUUAGAGAUACAUUGGAGGUAUGUUGUGAUUCUUCUCCGCCAUUGAAGACAUCUCGCCUUGUUACUGUACAAAAGAUUCUUGAUUUAUAGAGUUUUGUGUGCUAGGAACUUGGAACAUGGAAGCAAGUACAUUUUUGUAAUGAAUGAUUCUGGAGGAACUCAAAGAAUGAAGAAACCGGCCUCUGCCUACAUUUUUUUGAGACACAGAGAGAGCGAGGGAGAUGGUGAAAUUGUAUCUUUGAUAGGAGAAAGAGUGUUCAUUUACAAUAGAAUGUCAAAUCUCGAUUCCGAUGUUUUUUCGGUCUACUUAUCGUUGUGACCAAGCAAUCAAGUGUAUGUAAGUCCAGAAACCGUGUAGAGUUGCGAUUUGCAGAGAAUUGUGAAUUCUACAAUUGGAGGCAGGAUGAUGAAUGUGUGAACUGAUUUGCGUAA